AAUUAGGCAGAAAACAAUAGCAAAGCCAUUUCCUGUUGUGUUUCAGGUGUCACUAGUCUCCCCCUCCCUCCUGCUCUGGCGCAGUCUCCCUGCUCUCCCUGUAGUCUCAGUCAGUGCUGGAAGCUCUCGGGCUCUCUCCAAGGCGGCUCAGUUGCAGCAGGUCUCCUCCUCCUCCCUCUCCUCAGCAUCCCUCCAUCCAUCCGAGCCAUUGCUUGCAGCAGGCAGACCGCUAUCCGGCUACUCAGCGCUACACUCAGCGCUACACUCAGCGGAUCAUGUGGAACCCGGGGGGCGCCUGUCUCAUCCUCCUGCCCCUUUUGCUCCCCAUCGCCUGGGCACAGGGAGAAGGCAAGGAGGUGGAAAAUACCGGCAAUUUCAUGGAGGAUGAGCAAUGGCUGUCCUCUAUCAACCAGUACAGCGGCAAGAUCAAGCACUGGAACCGCUUCAGAGAUGAGGUAGAGGAUGACUAUAUCAAAAGUUGGGAGGAUAAUCAGCCAGGAGAUGAAGCUCUGGACACUACAAAGGAUCCUUGCCAGAAAGUGAAAUGCAGCCGACACAAAGUUUGCAUUGCGCAUGGUUACCAAAAAGCAAUGUGUAUUAGCCGUAAGAAGUUGGAGCACAGAAUUAAACAGCCCACCAUGAAGAUUCAUGGAAACAAAGACAGUCUUUGCAAGCCGUGCCAUGCGACCCAGCCUGCUGCAGUCUGUGGUUCUGAUGGACACACGUACAGCUCUGUGUGUAAACUGGAGCAACAAGCGUGCCUCAAUAGCAAACAGCUGACUGUUAAAUGCCAAGGGUCAUGCCCUUGUGCAACAGAACAAACUCCUACCACUACCACAGAGGCUGGCAAACAAGGAGAGACAUGUACAGGUCAGGAUCUAGCUGAUCUCGGGGAUCGUUUACGGGACUGGUUCCAGCUUCUUCAUGAGAAUUCCAAACAAAAUAACACAUUAAACCCUGGAAGCAAACAAGUGAAUGUGUUGGAUAAGAGCCUAGUGGCUGGCUGCAAGGAUUCCAUUGGAUGGAUGUUUUCAAAGCUGGACUCCAACAAUGAUCUUUUCCUGGACGAAGCAGAGCUGGCAGCCAUCAACCUGGAUAAAUAUGAGAUCUGUAUUCGGCCAUUCUUCAAUUCCUGUGACACUUAUAAGGAUGGGCGCGUUUCCACCGCAGAGUGGUGCUUCUGCUUCUGGAGAGAGAAGCCACCAUGUCUUGUGGAGCUUGAGAAGGUUCAGAUGCAGGACGCAGCUAAGAGAAAGCCAGGUGUGUUCAUUCCCAGCUGUGAUGAGGAUGGCUACUACAGAAAGAUGCAGUGUGAUCAGGCCAGUGGAGAAUGCUGGUGCGUGGAUCAGCAUGGCUCAGAACUGACAGGAACACGGAUACAUGGCAACCCAGACUGUGAUGACAUGGUUGGAUUUUCUGGAGAUUUUGGAAGUGGUGUGGGUUGGGAAGAUGAAGAGGAAAAAGAGACAGAAGAUGCUGGCGAAGAGGCCGAGGAAGAAGAAGGAGAGACAGGCGAGGCAGAUGAUGGAGGAUAUAUCUGGUAGACACGCAGAGUCCUGUUUAGGCCUUGCGGCAAUGUUGGGCGUUUGCAGUAAAUAGUGAUCUGAUGCCACAGUGAUCAGGAAACACAGCUGAAUGUACAUUAGACUUCAACAGAAAUUGUGUGUGUGUGAGCAUGCAUGUGUGCCUGUUGAUUGAUUGCUUUGAGAUUCCAGCUCAUUUUCCCAUGACAUCAGUAAGCUGUCUCACAUUAAAUUAGGCAUUUUAUUCCUUUCAUUAUUAUUUCAUCUUUAUUUCUGACUCCAGAAUCAAACUCACACCUCUGAGACAUUUUUUGUUGCCACUCAACUAAGAAAGGGUUUACAGCCAGAUAGAUACUCGAUACUCUCAAAUACAGAUGGACAUUAAUGAGAUUGAUAACCUCAAACAAGGUAUGAUCAGUUCACUAGUGUUCAAAAAGAUCCCUGAACUCAUUUAGCUGUCAAAGUUAGUACCUUUAACUAUAGAUGUAUGAAAAGAACCUAUUCCCGCUGCUUGAUACAGAACAGAAAGUCACAUCUUUGGUCUGCAGGUGGCCAUUUAUAUAAUGCUAAAGUCAGGUAUGUUAUUUAUAUAAAAAAACAAAAAUAGGUGAACGCUUGGAAUACAUAUACAUUUGGAGGUGGGUAUUACUCUGCAUGUAAAAUCUUCUGCCACAAUUGAAUCACCUUGACCAUAGCUGAAAUGCUUAUAGGCAUCUUGUAUUGCUCAUGAAAGAUUAAAAGAUAGCUCUUUCCAUUGUAUUUUUGUUUUUUGAUGUUGCAUGUUUUCUACCUGCCAUAGAGGACUGGAGGUUGAUUUUGGCCAUCAAUCGAAUCCUACUGUGUUUGAAAAUAACUCUCUACGUGCACCCUCUGUGCUGGUGGCAUUGUGUUCUGCUUUGUGUAAUUGAUAAUGUAAGAUACAGAAAUACUGCCCAUUAUAUUUUAUAUUCCCUUAAUGGAGGGUAAACUUUGGGAUUCUGGCAUUCAUUAAAAGUAUGCUGCCAUAGCUUAAAAUGCUGCUUUCAAAGCUAAUCAAUGAAUAGUGUUGCUCACGUGUUUCUGCACUCAUGAUUGAUUAAUAAAAGAGCAAAUCAAUUGUAUUAUAAAUAACUUUACAAAUCAAGAUGUUCCAAUUCUUUAACAGGAACUGCAGUCUUUCCUUAUUGCUGCCCUGCCAAAGGAACCUGUAUGCGCUAUCCCUAAAAUGUAACCUGUUAUCUAAUGCUACGAUCAGCUCCAUUUAUUUCAGAAAUUUCUGAGACUAUAAAUCUCACACUGUAAAUAAGAGCAUGCACACAUUACUAUGGAUCUGAUCUAGAGACGCUUUUAUAGACUGCCUUGUCCAUCUAUUUCUUAACAAUCUAUUCAGACUGUCUGACACCCCAAAAGUUAUUAAACAAGGGCUUGAACAUUGUAAAAAAUACACAUUGUUGCAGAGAUUAUAAAUUAUGGUUUUCCAAUUCUAUACAUAGCAGUAUGUUUUUAUUGGCUAAUUAAAAAUGAUUUGGAAAAACAUCAAUGAUAAGUUGUGAAAGCUGGGAGCAUCCCUGAUAGAGGAUAUAAAAAUCCAAGCAGACAACAAGGAUACAUUAUCUUGCCCAGCAGAACAGAUACACAACUAAAUGCAAUUUUGCAGCCAUCCAUAGACACAGAUAUAUGUUUUGAGCUAUUUUGGCCAUUUGCUGUGUUCUAAAUUAAUGCUCAUUUAAAAAUGAAAUCAGUUAUUGAUCUGAAUCUAAUGGGGAUUGUGUUUAUGGCUGCAGAACUUUGAUCUAUUAUAAGGCACAGAACAGGAAAUUGCUGCUGCAGUAAAUAAUCAAUAACUUUCCUUCAAAGACAAUGCAAACAAAGCCAUGGACAUUCAUGGUCUAUCUUUAGUUUACAGCAAGUAUGGAAAACCUGCAUCCUCCAGGCAUCAUCAGAGAUUAGCCACAGAACAGGGGCUUUUUUAAUGCUUGCUAUUUAGGUGAGUCAGUUUAUUGGUUAGAAAAUAAACCUCAUUUAAUCAGUAAGAAACUGUUUAGUAUUUGGGGUUCCAGGUCUGAAAUGUUCAUAUUUCCUGAACUAAAUAUAAAAACAAAUAUGUAUCUUAGAAAUUCCCAUUACCUAGUAUUUUAGGUUGUUUUUGCAUCAGGCAUCAUUUAACUACCAUGACUUGCUGAUAUUGUGCCUAUGGGGACUUAAAGCGGCAGUGAGAUAUUUAUGAUUAUACAGUGACAAAAGCGAAUCUCUCUGUGUCAUCUCACCAGAACUGAUGAUGGUAAAAUAAAGGCUAUACACAAACUCACCCGUGUGCACAGAGAGGUCCAGUUGCUCAUGACUUUUCAGUAUAUAAAUACAGAAAAAAAAUAAUUCAAAGGAAUAACAUCUUACAUAAAACAGUUCACGAAUUCGGUGGGGAAAAGGUUAAUCCCGUGAAAAGUCAUUUUGAGAUGCAAUUCAAUUCAGAAAAUGUAUCUCACUGUUUAUCAUGUGAAAACUCUAUUGAAGUAUGGGGAAAAAGUGGAAGUAAAUUAGGAGAAAAGGUUUUUUCUCCUUGAAUUGAAUCUCUUCCAUGACUUUUCAUGUGACAAAGCAAGCGAUAACUUUUUCUCAUUGAAAUAAAUCUUUCCCAAAAUGUCCAACAUGUAAGGCUUUUUAUGGGAGAUGUUAGUCCUUUGGAUAACUUUUUCCCUGCCUUUAUUUCCCAUGUGGUCCAGCUUUGUGUCUGGUUGUUCUAUUUCCCAGUUGCAGAAAACUACUAUGACGACACUAGAAAAUGAUUCCAUUUAUUUAAUUGGCUACUAGAAAGUUAUAAAUCUUGGAUCUUCAAACUAUGGCUUCCCUAUUGUACAGAGACCUUGACAAACAAUACAGCUGAAGUGCUGAAUUGCAUUUGGACAAAAUAUAAACUUAAUUCAGAGUCACAUAACAUUUGGUUAGUUAACUGGCAAAACGUUGACCUCCAGCCCCAUCUAAUCAUGAGGGAUAAAGAAAGGACAAAUACAUUAGGUCCAAAUGUUUUUGUAUAAUACUGAGUUAAUGCUAUUUGCAGUUGUACAUCUUCCCCAUAGCACUAGAAAUCCCUAUUAAACCAAAUGAGCAAAUACAAGUAUUAUAAUGACCUGCCCAUAAAUAUUGAAAAUAUUGAAAAUAUCUCUUAUUUCUUUUUCUCUACAGCACAAAUCUCUCCCAUAUACACAUUUAAGCCUUAAAUGCCUACUUACAAUUAAUAUAUUUGUUCUUUCAUCCAUUCCAAUAAACAUGCAGAGCUCAAUGCAGCACAUUAGAAUUGUUUCCUAUGUUCACAGCAGGAAGAAAAGGCAAAUUAUUGAGCAAAUGAUCAUUUACAGUUGGAGGCUUAAUCUUUUGCAAAUUUUAAAAAAAAAAGACAAACAUGAGAGUCAGUUUCUGGCUGGUUUCUGUUAAAUUCCUGUAUAUCAUUUACAUAGCAAGUAGCUUACAAAUCCAAUAGGUUAUAACAGUUGUGGCCAACGUGAUAAAAGUCUCUUUUGUAUUAAUAUGUUAUUAGAAUUUAAUAGUCAACUCAGACAUUACCCAUGCUAAAUUAUGAGCAUGGAGUCUGGGCAGAAAACACACCAAACAAGAACCAGAGUGCACGGGAUAUUCACCUACAGGAAUACUUAUACACAGGUAGAGGUAUACUUUCCAUUUAUGUUGGGACUACUCUGCUUUGUAAAACAAUACAUAACAGUAUCAUAUGUACAGUACAGUAUGCUUUGACUGCCUGUUAGAAAUAUCCCAACAAGAGCAAGGGUAUUUAAUGGCAUGUUGUCCUGCUCUGAAUUCUUUCUUCUGUGCUAAAAACAAGGUCAUAGUUGCAGAGUGAUCACUGAUCAAAAUAGGAAAGUGUAGACUAAAGGUGGCCAUACACGGUGGCUUUGUAGAUAAGAAAUUUCUAGCUUUUGGCACUGCUUAGGUCUCUUCUGCGUAUAUGUUGAUCUGAUAUUAGGGUCCCUGGGUGUGAGCACCAUGUACAGACACCCUACUAUUAUAUCAGUAGUUAUAUAAUUGUAUUGUAUUUUAUCCUAUGAUAUUUAGCAGACUUUAGUGCAAAGCCUAUUAUGUUAUCAAAUAGAUGCUGCAGGUAAAAGCAGUUUUAGGAUACAUAAGUGAUGCACCAAACCCUAUUAUUUGCGAUUCAGCUGAACUGCAAAUCUUCCUAGAUCAGGCCAAAACCCCAACCGAAUCUGAUCCUGAGCAGAAAACGACUAGGUGUGUGCGAAUAUUUUUGGGGAUUAGUAAGGUUUGGAUUCAGAAAAGGCUUGGACUUGGGCAAAUCUCCAGCUGAAUCUGGGAUUCGGUGCAUCCCUAGUAUACACCUCCCUUUAUCCUAGAAAACGUUUUACCAACAUGCAACAUGUAUGUGUCUGUAUGUGUACAUCAUUUCCAAACUGCAAUAUGUAUGGAAGAGGAUAUCUAAUAUGUUUGUAUAUAUUGGGCUUCUCUAGGUCCAAGCUGGAGUCUUGAAUCUGGAGUUGGCAGCCUUUAUGUAAAAGCAUGUAAAAAGAAGUACUACACUCAUGUCGGAUAUAGAAGGGGUGUAGAUAUGUAGGAAGUGGACCUUGUUACUGCUGGUGGCACCAGGAGGAGAAAUGGGGCACUGACUUAUAAGAAGUUUCACUAUAUGUUUAAGAAAAAUAUAUUUUACCCAAAGAUUAGGGGGUCCUGUGGGGCCUAAUAAUUUACCGCUUUAUUAUUUUAAAGAUUGGCAUGUACUUUGGAAAGAAUGCUGGUGAGUGUAAGAGCCUGAUUGCUGGUGUGGUAGACUCUACUCUAUAACUCACUGUACUCUUCACAUAAUAUCACUGUGUCAGAGACUAUAAUAGUCAUCAAUCUGUUUUUUCCCUGAACGGCAAGUGAUUCAGCACCUCUCAUUUAUCUCUGUGUCCAGUUCAUCCAGCUGUAGCAGUCUUCUUGCAUUCUCUGACGCAGGCUAUACUGUCCCUUUCCUUCAAAGAAUAGUAACUGAAUAAAACUGUUUUCAAUCUACUUGAAGAUAAAAUGUAAUGGAGUCAUUCAGAUGUCUGUGUAAAUAUACGUUUGGUCUCUGGAGUCUUUACAUUCUUCAUUUACAUCAUUGUGUUAAAUGAUGUUUGUUAUCCAUGUUGCACAAUAAAAAACCAAGCACAUUCGGCUAAUGAACAAAGCUUGCCCAACCUAAUGUGUUUUUGGAAAGCAAACCUAACCCUCUGCCUGCCUAAACGGGCAGCAAAAAAAAGCUGCUGCCCGCUCUACUGGCAGAGUAGGUGUUAAUAUUAUUCUAGAAGCUGAGCACAGAAUUGUAUUUUUAUGGUAUAAAAUGAAUGUCUGUUAUCACAUGUGCUUGAACCUACAUUUUAAAGUAUAUCCACCUACUGACCUGUUAGGUAUGUCUAUGAGGGUUACAACCGACUGCAUGCAUGUAUUCAUGUAAGCCUUUAAUAUACUUGUGUAUCUUGAAGGUAUUAAAAAAAAUCUUUUACAACAUUUCUUUAAUUCUGUGCUUACAACAAACUAACGGCCGCAAAGAACAAACUACUAAGCCGGAGAAGACAAAAAAUGUCUUAUCACGUGCAAUAACUUUUAAAGUUAGUUUCGACAACCCACGUGCAAGUGCUAGGACUUUGGUUUGUAUAUUUAUCAAGUGCUGACAUUGUAUCUCGGUAAUUUUAGAUGUAAGAAUAAUUAAUCAAAAAGUGUUAGAAUGUAUAUGUACAAACAGGGCGCCAUGUUUAAAGCUGAAAUCUGACCUGCUCGCCAGUAUAUUUCACCACAGUUCCAGGCGACCCUGACAGUGUCUAUAGCUGCCUAUUACUUAUGAUUCCGUGAAACAGAUAUACACGCGCAAAAAGUUCAGACAUAUUUUUAAGAAAAUAAAUAAAAAACUAUAAACAAA